CUGGCGCUCAGGUUAUGCGACUCACCGCACCGGCGCAAUUUAGCGAUCGCCGUCCCCAUCACGAGCCAGUAAUUAAUCAACAAAAGCGCAUGUUAACGUAGUCCACAAUCAGAGUAUCAACGCUGCGCCCGGAAAAUCCCAACUCCAGCACGUACAUUCGUACGGUUUGGGCUCGCGAAUUUCUCUCUUAUUUGUUAUUAAUUUUUGCUCUCAAUUUUUGUCGCUCGAAGAUUCUCUCUCGCUCUCUUCGAUUCUGUCGCUACAGUUGACUGAAGAUUGCAAAGAAUGAGGCACGGCAGGGAAGAAUCAUCUACUGGCACGGGACAUCAAGCUGUUGACUUAAUUUCUGCAGUGAAAGAAUUACACAAGCUCAGCACUCUGGAGCUUAAUAAACUAAUUAACUCAGAGAAUUUUGUCCUUCAGAUGUUCACUGAAACUGGGUCAUCUAUUCUGAUUGAGGUGGAAAAAUUUGCAAGGUAUCUCCCGUUGCAUCUCGUUGCAAAGGUCAUGUUGUCUGAAAGAGAUGAAGCCUUGUUCAAAUAUUUGUUAUGCGGGGUUCGACUCUUGCACUCCUUGUGCGAUCUAGCACCUAGACAUCCUAAGCUAGAGCAGAUUUUACUAGAUGAUGUGAAAAUAUCAGAGCAGCUUCUGGAUUUGGUCUUUUAUCUUCUUAUAGUUCUCAGCAAUUAUAGACAGGAACACCACAGAACAAGUUUUAUGCCCCUACUGCAUUCAACUUUAGUAGCCUGUAGUCUAUACCUAUUGACAGGAUGUAUUGCUUCUCAGUGGCAAGAUACUGCUUCUGUUUUGGUUGCUCACCGUAAGGUUGAUAUAUUUAUGGAUGCUGCUUUUGCAGCACUUCGAGUGGACAUCAAAUUUCUCCAGUAUAAGAUGACUGGUCAAUGUACUGAUAUGGAAAUAAACUCAGGUUCUAUUGCUGAAGGAACAUUGGAUUAUUUGUGCCAGCAAUGUGAGGCUUCUUUGCAGUUUCUUCAAUCACUGUGUCAGCAGAAGUCAUUCCGAGAGCGCCUUGUCAAAAAUAAGGAAUUAUGUGGAAAAGGUGGCAUUCUUUUACUGGCUCAAGCUAUAUUGAAUCUAAAGAUAAUGCCACCUUUUAAAGAGUCAUCCUUUGUUGUGGCUGCCGUUUCCAGGCUGAAGUCUAAAAUUUUAUCAGUUCUGUUGCAUCUCUGCGAAGCAGAAAGUAUCUCUUACCUGGAUGAGGUAGCCAGCACUCCUCAAACCCUGAAUCUGGCAAAAUCUGUUGCCUUAGAGGUUCUUGAAUUAUUGAAGACUAUGGUUGUUAGAGAACCACAACAGCUUGAUGCUUGCUCCAACAAAAAUUACCCAACGGGGCUUUUGCAACUGAAUGCAAUGCGCCUGUCAGAUAUAUUAUCAGAUGACUCAAACUUUCGAUCAUUUAUCACUAUAUACUUUACAGAAGUUCUGGCUGCAAUAUUUUCACUCCCACAUCAAGAAUUCUUGUCUAGAUGGUGUGCAUCAGACCUUCCAAUUUGGGAAGAAGAUGCUACUCUUGAGUAUGACUCAUUUGUGGCAGCUGGAUGUAUUUUAGAUUUAAUUUCAACGUCCGAUUUGAGUGUAAUGAAUACUGGAUCCAACUUCACUCCUAGUAACAUGCCAAGGGCUUCCUAUGCACAUCAGAGAGCAUCAUUGUUGGUCAAAAUAAUGGCAAAUCUCCAUUGUUUUGUUCCAGAAAUCUGUAAAGAGGAGGAGGAUUUAUUCCUUAACAAGUUUCUUGAGUGCUUACGAGCUGAGCUACCUAAGUUAUCAGCUUGUGAUUCUGAGAAAGCUGGCACUGUUAGCAAGAACUUACGUUCCUUGUUGAGUCAUGCGGAGUCUCUGACUCCUCCUUUUCUAAAUGAGGAUGAUGUACAUCUUUUAAGGGUGUUUAUUAUGCGAUUAGAAUCGCUGGUCAGUCCAGCUGAAUUUGAAGUUAAUCAAGUUCAGGAAAGCAAAUUUGAGGGAUCGAUAUGUGGGGAUAAGUUAUCAAAACUCAGUAUCAGUGAACAUCUUCAGGAGGCUCAAAGUGCUGGUCGAUGCUCUUCGCCCCUUUUAGAUAAAGUUGGUCCUGAUCGUACCAACAGAAGUGGGAACCUGAAAGAGGGCAUGUCAGAGAACUCGGCUUUCCAGGAAGAGGACCAAUACUAUGUCAGGAGCAACUGCAUAGAUCAAACUGUUGUGAAACCAGAUAAGGGGGAAGAGAAAGCCAAAUCUGGCAGGGACACUGCAAAUUUAAGGGAGACUGAGAGGGAUAAUCAGAAUGUUGAAACAAGUGGCUCAGAUUCAAGCUCUACUCGAGGAAAGAAUGUUGUUAAUCAAAGGCAAAAUGUUGAGUUUCAAGAGUCGAGUGAGCAAAUCAAAGAAAGUGGGUUUGGAGGACUUAGAGAGGAAGAGAAGGUUGAAACUAUUCAAUUUGAAGAGAAGCAGAGAAGAAAAAGAAAGCGCACCAUAAUGAAUGAUAAACAGAUUUCCCUGAUUGAGAGGGCCCUCUCGGUUGAACCUGACAUGCAACGCAAUGCUGCUUCAAUACUAUUAUGGGCAGAAAAUUUAAGUUCCCAUGGUUCAGAGGUUACUGCUUCUCAACUAAAAAAUUGGCUGAAUAAUCGAAAAGCCAGGCUAGCCCGAGCAGCUAAGGAUGCUCGUGUGCCAUCUGAAGAAAACAAUGCUUUUCCUGACAAACAGGGGGGCUCAGGAAUUGCUUCUCACUAUGACUCGGCUGAGAGCCCUGCUGAGGAUGUUUACAUGUCAUCCAGUACAAGAGGGACUCACCCGAACAGAAUUGGAGAAAGCCCUUCCAAGAUUGGUAGUAGGGAAAAAUCAGAGACCGGGCUUGCAGAAUUUGUUGACAUUGCGUCUGCAGGAUUUGUUCAUUGCGCACCUGGUCAGCACGUUGUGCUAGUAGAUGGUCAACGAGAAGAAAUUGGCAAGGGAAAGGUGCAUCAGGUGCAAGGCAGAUGGUUUGGGCGUAACUUGGAGGAAUCAAAUGCGUGUGUUGUGGAUGUUAUUGAGCUUAAGGCUGAGAGAUGGACGAGUCUUCCACACCCGGGUGAAGCCACGGGCACCUCAUUUGACGAAGCUGAACAGAAACUUGGCUCAAUGAGAGUGUUGUGGGAUUCCAACAAACUUUUCAUGCUGCCCCCUCGGUGAAUACAUACCAUCACACAUCUCUUUCUUAGAAGACUAAGACUGAAGCUAUGGCUGCGGGAGUGAGGAGGUCCACUGGGUUGAGCCUUUCUGGGAAAAUUUCAAGAGGGUUUCCACCAAGCAAAGCGGCCAAUCUUCAUUACUUUUAGCACAUGAUGGUGGAUAAGAGGCUCAUUUCUAGCAGCAAUGCUAGAAAAUGAAGACCCGACUCGACUUGGCAUCCCGACUGCUAAUACAUUUGGUGGAGUGAUGAGGAAUCGCGUGGAUCAUGUAUAGCAAAAUUUUUAUCCGAAUUAUAUACUGUACUGCGUGCCUCACCAGGGGCGACCUUCGGGUUUUCUAUCUCUCUAAAUGUAUACAUUUGAUGCUUAUAUAUCUGUCACUCUUUUUUCUUUUGUUUGGAAAAGAAUGGGGGCGGGGAAGGAUUUUAGCAGAAUUUACAUCUCCAGUUUGGUUGAUUGUGGGAUUUGUUUCUAUUACUUUUUAAGUGGAAUCCAAUUGUUGUAGUUUUGUUUUGUCGUAA